AUGCCAUUCUGGUUGCCUCUCGUAUCGCACCGGAAGGGGUGUGAGCAGCUCCAGCGCCGGAGACCAAGCGAAGAGAGACAAACGCCUGCUAUCAGGUUUAACCCGGACAAGCCCGAAGCAGGUCCGAAGUACGAACCCAAACGACGGGUGGCCACAUGCGUCUUCACCGAUAUGCCGCCGCCCGUCUCACGAGCCGCCAAAUCCGGCCGGCCGCAGCCAACAUGCGCACGAUCCGUAGAUGACGCCACCGAGUUCCCGGCGACGGAUACGACCACUUGCUGCUCCUCUCAGCCGCUGUCACCGUCCACGACGGUCCGCGUCGCCGAUUGCCGCUGGCAAGUGACAUCUGAUGAUCAGUACACUACCAAGCAAGUGGUUUCAGCACGCCAGCCCGCGGACCAUCCAGAGGCCCUCGGCCCCCUCGUCUUACGACAAGGCGCCGCCAGCUUGCAGCAACCGGAAGAUCUCGAGGGCUGGACGCGCCACCCCGUGGCGCGGAGUCGGACGGUGGGUGUCAGCCAGCGGAUCGUGCUGUGUGGGGGUGGCAGCCUCUGGGCGACGGGGGCUGACACCUCGCAACGACUCUUAAAAGCCCCAAACCUGCUCAAGACCUGA